AUGGAGCGCGCGACGACCGCCGCCGCGGGGUGCUCCCGCACCGCCCUCGCGGCGCGGACGCGGGGUGCUCCGGCGACGACGCCGCGGACUCCAACUCGGACGCCCGCUCGGACUCGACGCGCGACGCGACGCCGCGCGGUCUCGUCGCAAAAGGGCGAUCGCGGCGACGACGACGACGACCGCGCGGACGGCAACGCGUCGCGCGACGCGCUGCGCGCGCUCGACAAGCUCGUCCCCGGGACGACCGCGGACGAGGCGAGGCGCGAGCCGCCGCCGGAGCGAGCGGACGGCGACGACGCCUCGACCUCGCGCGACGAAGGGGGGAUCGGGAUCGUGCGCAGAGAGGUCGUCGUCGAGCUCGACGCCGAGGACGCGAACGUCGCGAUGGCGUCGUUCGCGGUGCGAAGCGCGUCCGCGCGGAUCGUCCAGGUCACGAUCCCGCCGCCGGUCGGGAUCGCGUUCGAGGAGGACGACGACGACGGCGAGAUCGUCGUCGCGGAGGUGGUGGAGGGAUCGAACGCGGCCGCCGUCGGCGGCGUCGCCGUCGGCGACGUCUUGCGGGCGACGUCCGCGAUGAUACCGGAGAUGAAGUACCCGAUGGGGAACUUGUUCUUGGGCGGCGUCGGGCGGCCCGGGUUUCGACGCGUCCUGUUCACGAUCCCGGUCGGGGAGGCGUACGCGCCGGGGGCGACGUUCGACGACGCCAUGGGCGCGAUAUUUAGCAAUAAAAAGGCGGGCGACUUCGACGUCGUCCUCGUCCUGGAGCGGCGGAUGCGAUGA